AUGCCACUGCAGUGUCUAUCUACCCCAAGCACCUGGAUGCCCACGGCCAAGGCCCCCAAAGCGGCUGGCGGGCAGGGCGAUGGAGGUGAUGGUGAAGAGGCAGAGCCGGAAGGGAUGUUCAAGGACCCCAAGGACAUGAAGAGAAAAGUCCGAGGCUACCUCCGCCUGGCUCCCCUGUGGCUGGCUCUGGUCGCGUUGGUUUCAGUGGGGGUCCUGCUCUGGUAUUUCCUAGGGUACAAGGCAGAGGUGACGGUCAGCCAGGUGUACUCAGGCAGCCUCCGUGUGCUCAAUCGCCACUUCUCCCAGGACCUUGCCCGCCGGGAGUCCAGUGCCUUCCGCAGUGAAACUGCCAAAGCUCAGAAGAUGCUCAAGGAGCUCAUUGCCAGCACCCGCCUAGGUACUUACUACAACUCCAGUGCCGUCUACUCCUUUGGGGAGGGACCAUUCACCUGCUUCUUCUGGUUCAUCCUCCAAAUCCCGGAGCACCGCCGGCCAAUGCUGAGCCCCGACGUGGUGCGGGCCCUGCUGGCGGAGGAGCUGCUGUCCGCGGCCAACAGUUCGGUCCCCGCUCCCUACCGGACCGAGUACGAGGUGGACCCCGAGGGUCUGGUGAUCCUGGAAGCCAGCGUGAAAGACAUAGUUGCACUGAAUUCCACGCUGGGCUGCUACCGCUACAGCUACGUGGGCCAGGGCCAGGUCCUCCGGCUGAAGGGGCCCGAUACCCUGGCCUCCAGCUGCCUGUGGCACCUUCAGGGCCCCCAGGAUCUCAUGCUCAAGCUCCGGCUCGAGUGGAAGCUGGCUGACUGCCGGGACCGGCUGGCCAUGUAUGACGUGGCGGGGCCUCUUGAGAGGAGGCUUAUCACCUCGGUCUAUGGCUGCAGUCGCCAGGAGCCCGUGGUGGAGGUCCUAGCGUCAGGCGCCAUCAUGGCGGUGGUCUGGAAGAAGGGCCUUCACAGCUACUAUGACCCCUUCGUGCUCUCCGUGCAGCCUGUGACCUUCCAGGCCUGCGAGGUGAACCUGACCCUGGAGGGCCGGCUGGAGCCACAGGGCGUCCUCAGCACACCGUACUUCCCCAGCUACUACUCACCCAGCACCCACUGCUCCUGGCAUCUGACGGUGCCCUCUCUGGACUACGGCUUGGCCCUCUGGUUUGAUGCCUACGCAUUGCGUAGGCAGAAAUACGACAUGCCAUGCACCCAGGGCCAGUGGACCAUCCAAAACAGAAGGCUUUGUGGUCUGCGCACCCUGCAGCCCUACGCUGAGAGGAUCCCCGUGGUGGCCAGCGCCGGCAUCACCAUCAACUUCACAUCCCAGAUCUCCCUCACCGGGCCCGGUGUGCAGGUGUUCUACAGCUUGUACAACCAGACAGACCCCUGCCCUGGAGAGUUUCUCUGCUCCGUGAAUGGACUGUGUGUGCCCGCCUGCGAUGGGGUCAAGGACUGCCCCAAUGGCCUGGAUGAGAGAAACUGCGUUUGCAGAGCCACAUUCCAGUGCCAAGAGGACAGCACGUGCAUCCCCCUAUCCAGGGUCUGUGACCGGCAGCCCGACUGUCUCAAUGGGAGUGACGAAGAGCAAUGCCAGGAAGGGGUUCCUUGUGGGACCUUCACCUUUCAGUGUGAGGACCGCAGCUGUGUGAAGAAGCCCAACCCAGAGUGUGACGGGCACCCCGACUGCAGCGACGGCUCGGACGAGCUGUUCUGCGACUGUGGCCUUCAGGGCCCCUCGGGCCGCAUCGUGGGCGGGGCCGUGUCCUCGGAGGGUGAGUGGCCGUGGCAGGCCAGUCUCCAGGUUCGAGGCCGACACAUCUGUGGGGGGACCCUCAUCGCAGACCGCUGGGUGAUCACCGCUGCCCACUGCUUCCAGGAGGAGAGCAUGGCAUCCCCGGCGCUAUGGACCGUGUUCCUGGGCAAAGUGUGGCAGAGCUCACGCUGGCCGGGCGAGGUGUCCUUCAAGGUGAGCCGUCUGCUCCUGCACCCGUACCACGAGGAGGACAGCCACGACUACGACGUGGCCCUGCUGCAGCUCGACCACCCCGUGGUGCGCUCGGCCGCCGUGCAUCCCGUCUGCCUGCCUGCCCGCUCCCACUUCUUCGAGCCGGGCCUGCACUGCUGGAUCACGGGCUGGGGUGCCCUGCGAGAAGGCGGCCCCACCAGCAACGGCCUGCAGAAGGUGGACGUGCAGCUGAUCCCACAGGACCUGUGCAGCGAGGCCUACCGCUACCAGGUGACGCCACGCAUGCUGUGCGCCGGCUACCUCAAGGGAAAGAAGGAUGCUUGCCAGGGUGACUCGGGUGGCCCGCUGGUGUGCAAGGAGCCCAGUGGCCGUUGGUUCCUGGCAGGGCUGGUCAGCUGGGGUCUGGGCUGCGGCCGGCCCAACUAUUUUGGCGUCUACACCCGCAUCACUGGUGUGAUCGGCUGGAUCCAGCAGGUGCUGACUUGA